AUGGCAGGCUCUGAAACCACCGCGAAGAACAACCAGCACCACCGUGACCACCACGACAACAACGUCUCCGCCUCCACUGCCGCUGCCCUUGCCACCUCGGUUGCUGCGGCUGCCCCACCUUUGAAGCCAUUGUUUAGGCGGUUCGUCGGCGUCAGGCAGAGGCCCUCUGGGAGAUGGGUCGCGGAGAUCAAGGACUCGUCGCAGCGGGUCCGCCUGUGGCUCGGGACUUACGACACGCCCGAGGAAGCCGCGCGGGCCUACGACGAGGCCGCGAGGGCGCUGCGCGGCGAGAACGCUCGCACCAACUUCGCAGCGGCUCCAUCGGCGGCGAACCCUAAUAAUUGCCACCAACCAGACUCGUUGUCAUCGCCUUCUUGUGGGUACACUUCACAAAGUGACUAUGCUAGGCAUGGCCUGAGCUUCUCGUCGCUCAAGGCCAAGCUGAGCAAGAACCUGCAAAGCAUCAUUGCGAGGAGCUCGGAGAGCAAGUCGUCGAAAAGCCGGGUUAGCGACCACUUCACUUUCGCCAGCAUAUUCCACUUCAGGGGAUACAACCAAUACCAAGACCCUAGCGACAUCAAGAACAUAGAGAAGGUGGUGCAGCCGAGCAUCGUCGUGCCAUCCUCCCACGUGGCGGUUGACCACGAAAGCCUCUCGUCUUGGGACAGUUCAAGCGUCUCGGACUGCAGCAGCGAGUGGGUUGGGCUCCGGAGCACCCCGGGACUUGAUUCGGACGGUUCUGACAUCGGGGAAGCGAUCGGUGUGGUGGGUGACCAAGGGUUCUCAGGCUGGAUUGAUAGCCCGGAAUGGAAUAACUGCAACGACCCGGGAUUGAUGAGCGGCGGAGAGCUUUCGAGGAGUAAGAGGUUCAAGGUUUCUUCUUCGGUGGUGGUUCCUCCAACUUUCAGUGGAUCUCCAAACGAUAACAACGGUGAGAAGUGAACGGGUCAUGAAUGAACAAAACAUAAGAAGAGAGGGUAACGAAUCACAGUACCCUAUGAGCUUUCUGCAGCUUUCCCUUUGAAUGUUAAAUUUAUCAGUUCUUCAACCCAUGUACAGGA